GCAAUAGCAAGGAAAUUAAAGAAAGAGGAGAUAAAAAAAAUGUGUGCCAAUAAAUGACAGCCACGACGGUUCGACGCAUUUCCCAGCGGUUUCCAACCGGUCCACCGCUUACGCAGGGGCUUACGGCAGCCUUUAGCCACCGCCACGAGAAAUUGAAACUAAGGGUUGACCUUUGGCUUGACAUUGAUACAACUUUCUCCUCCUUUUCAUAUUUAAAUCAAAGGACCAACCACCAGUCCACCCACCCACUUCCCAUAGAAACAGGGGCUCACUUAAUCUUAGAAAUGGCAGAACAAGUUCAAGUAUUUGGUUUCUGGGAAAGUGCGUUUAGUCGCAGAGUGGAGGUAGCUCUCAAACUCAAAGGCAUCAAAUACCAAUACUUUGAGGAAGAUUUGCCUGACAACAAGAGCGAUUUGCUGCUGAAAUACAACCCAAUUCACAAGAAGGUCCCUGUUCUUGUCCACCAUGGAAAACCCAUUGCAGAGUCUCUUGUAAUCCUCGAAUACAUUGAUGAAAUCUGGAAAAACAACCCCAUCUUGCCCCAGCAUCCCCACCAAAGAGCUCUUGCCAGGUUCUGGGCUAAGUUUAUUGAUGACAAGGUUGUGGUUGCAGUGGUGAAGGCUGCUGGAAGCAAAGAAGAAGAAGAGAGAAAGAAGGCUAUAGAGGAAGCAGGGGAGGGAUUGGAAGCACUUGAGAAAGAGCUUAAAAGCAAGAAAUUCUUUGGAGGAGAGGAAAUUGGGUUUGUGGACAUUGUUGGGACUGUGGUAGCUGGUUGGCUUCCUGCCAUUGAAGAGUGUUUUGGGUUUGAGCUGCUUACAACUAAUAACUUCCCUAACUUAAUCAAAUGGAGAGAAGAGCUUGUUAACCAUGCCAUUGUCAAGCAGUUUCUGCCUCCAAAUGAUGAGAUUGUUGCCUUUAUCCAAGCUAAUUGGAAACUUUCAAACUAAUUUGGGAUCAUAAAAAAAAUGAUAGUGUUUAUGUGAUUUGUAUUUAAUUUAAGGAGAAUUUGAGAUUUAUUUCAAUAAAUUGGGAGAUUUAGAUUCUUGUUUAUAA